AUGUCUGAUGCAGAAUUUGAAGAAAUUCGUCGUCUUCAAUUAGAAAGGAAUUUAAAGAAAGAAGAAAAUUUUCCUUUAAAAAAUCCAGAUUCUAAUGAGACAAAUAUUCCAGAAAAAGUGUCAGUGGUAAUAGAUUCUAAUAAAAAAUAUGAUGAUGAUUUAUAUAUUAAUGAACGUCCUGUUGAAUAUGAUUCAAGCAUUUCUUUUAAUGCAGAAAAUGCUGAGGCAAAUUUUCAGGAACAACCACAUAGGCUAGUAGGUCAAUAUACAGCACCAAAGUAUCUUUUAAAUGAUUUUUCUAAUGAGGAUGAUCCUAGUCCUAUUAAUAAAGACACAAAUAAGAAACAAAUUAUAAGUAGAGAAUCUGAUUAUCAAAAACGACGUUUUGAUCAAAUACUUACACCUGCUCGGCAAGAUGCAUUUUCUGCAAAUAAAAAAAAAGGAAGCUCUGAUGAUGGUCGUUCAUAUGCUGAUAUAAUGCGUGAAAGAGAACUCGAAAGAGAAGAAGUUCGGGUUCAUCGUGCAAUUGCUGAAAAGAAAAAAGAAAAGAUUGAAGAUAAUGUUGAUAAAGAGAAUAUAGAAAUAAAACAUAGAAAAAGACGCUGGGAUACUUCUGAAUCAUCUAAUGACUCUGAAAAUAAGUCAGAUUGGAGUAGCACACAGGAUACGCCAAUUACAAAGAGACGAUCAAGAUGGGAUCAAACUCCUGUUCCUAUAAUUCCAGGGCAAGUAUCUGAUAUCCCUACACCUAAACGUUCGCGAUGGGAUCAAACUCCUGUUAUUGGUAUUACACCUAUUGCUUCUCAAGGUUUACAAACACCCUUACCCAAUAUGAUACCUCAAAUGCCUAUAUCAUUUGGGACAGAUGUUUCACAACGUUUUUAUGAUUUUUCUGAUGAAGAGCUUGAUGAAAUAUUACCUGUAAAAGGAUUUAAAGUUCUCGAUCCUCCUCCAGGAUACGCUCCUAUACGAACUCCUGUUAGAAAACUUGUAGCGACUCCGCUUGCUGGUGAUGGGGGGUUUACGAUGCAGGAGAUAGAUAACGCAGCUAAUAAACAACUUAAUGCAGGUCUUCCAACUGAUAUUCCUGGUGUUGGGGAUCUUGCUUUUUUUAAACAAGAAGAUAUGAAAUAUUUUGGUAAACUUAUGGAUUCUACUGAUGAAUCUGAGCUUUCUGUUGAGGAACUAAAAGAAAGAAAAAUUAUGCGGUUAUUACUUAAGAUUAAAAAUGGAACACCUUCAAUGAGAAAGUCAGCUUUACGACAAAUUACAGAUAAAGCAAGAGAGUUUGGAGCAGGCUCAUUAUUUAAUCAAAUUCUUCCUUUGCUAAUGGAGCGUACUCUUGAGGAUCAAGAGAGACAUCUUCUUGUAAAAGUUAUUGAUAGAAUUUUAUAUAAACUUGAUGAUCUUGUACGCCCAUACGUACAUAAAAUUCUUGUUGUUAUUGAACCUUUGUUAAUUGAUGAGGAUUACUAUGCACGUGUUGAAGGUCGUGAAAUUAUAUCAAAUUUAUCAAAAGCAGCUGGAUUAGCUCAUAUGAUUUCUACUAUGCGUCCAGAUAUUGAUCAUGUUGAUGAAUAUGUCCGAAAUACUACUGCACGAGCUUUUUCUGUAGUGGCAUCUGCUCUUGGGAUUCCUGCUUUACUUCCUUUUUUGAAAGCUGUUUGCCGUAGUAAAAAAAGUUGGCAAGCAAGACAUACAGGUGUCAAAAUUGUCCAACAAAUAGCUAUUCUUAUGGGAUGUGCAAUCUUGCCUCACUUAACUAAUUUGGUGGAUGCCAUUGGAAGUGGGUUGGAAGAUGAACAACAAAAGGUUAGAAUUAUUACUGCAUUAGCCAUUGCAGCACUUGCUGAGGCUGCUGCUCCAUAUGGUUUUGAAUCUUUUGAUAUUGUUUUGCGACCAUUAUGGAAAGGAGUUCAAAAAUAUAGAGGUAAAGGACUUGCUGCAUUUUUAAAAGCAACAGGGUAUAUAAUUCCUUUAAUGGAUGCAGAAUAUGCAAAUCAUUAUACAACUCAGAUUAUGAAAAUUUUGAUACGAGAAUUUCAAUCUCCAGAUGAAGAAAUGAAAAAAAUUGUUUUAAAAGUUGUGAGUCAAUCUGCUGCUACAGAUGGAGUAGACGCUACGUACUUAAGAAUAGAAGUUAUACCUGAAUUUUUUAAAAAUUUUUGGGUGCGAAGAAUGGCCCUCGAUAGAAGAAAUUAUCGUCAAGUUGUUGAAACAACUGUUGAGCUUGCUCAAAAAGUUGGUGUUACUGAAAUUAUAGAGAAGAUUGUAGACCAUUUAAAAGAUGAAAGUGAGCCAUACAGGAAAAUGGCAGUUGAGACCAUUGAGAAGAUUAUUGCUGGACUAGGUGCUGCUGACAUUAAUAGUCGUCUUGAGGAACGUUUAAUUGAUGGUGUUUUGUAUGCUUUUCAAGAGCAAUCCAUGGAAGAUGUUGUUAUGUUAAAUGGUUUUGGGACAGUAGUUAAUGCAUUGGGUAUGAGAUGCAAACCAUAUCUUCCACAAAUUGUUUCUACAAUUUUAUGGAGAUUAAAUAACAAGUCAGCAAAAGUAAGACAACAGUCAGCAGAUCUUGUUUCUCGUAUUUCUGUUGUUAUGAAAACAUGUGGGGAAGAGCAACUUAUGGGUAAACUUGGUCUUGUGCUUUAUGAGUAUUUAGGAGAAGAAUACCCUGAAGUUUUAGGAUCUAUUCUUGGUGCUUUAAAGUCGAUUGUAAAUGUUGUUGGUAUGACCUCGAUGACACCACCAAUUAAAGAUUUGUUACCUAGAUUAACACCUAUUCUUCGUAAUCGUCAUGAAAAGGUUCAAGAAAAUACUAUUGACCUUGUUGGUCGUAUUGCAGAUCGUGGUUCAGAAUUUGUUUCAGCCCGUGAAUGGAUGAGGAUAUGUUUCGAACUAUUAGAUAUGCUUAAAGCGCAUAAAAAAGGUAUUCGUCGAGCUGCUGUAAAUACUUUCGGUUUUAUUGCAAAAGCUAUUGGUCCUCAGGAUGUGUUAGCUACUUUACUUAAUAACUUAAAAGUUCAAGAACGACAAAAUCGUGUUUGUACAACUGUAGCGAUUGCUAUUGUUGCUGAAACAUGUGCACCCUUUACUGUUUUGCCUGCUGUAAUGAAUGAAUACAGGGUCCCUGAACUUAAUGUUCAGAAUGGUGUUUUGAAGUCUCUUUCCUUCUUAUUUGAAUAUAUUGGUGAAAUGGGCAAAGAUUACAUAUAUGCAGUUGUACCUUUAUUAUGUGAUGCAUUAACAGAUAGAGAUCAGGUUCAUCGACAAACGGCUGCCACUACUGUUUCUCAUUUAUCUCUUGGUGUUGUUGGACUUGGCUGUGAAGAUGCUAUGAUUCAUUUAUUAAAUACUGUAUGGCCAAAUAUUUUUGAACAAUCUCCUCAUCUUAUUAAUGCAGUUAUUAAUGCUAUCGAUGGUAUUCGAACUGCUAUUGGUCCUGGUAUUUUAAUGAUGUAUAUUUUACAAGGUUUAUUUCAUCCAAGUAGAAAAGUUCGUGAUGUUUAUUGGCGUCUUUAUAAUAAUAUGUAUGUUCAACAAGCAGAUUCAAUGGUCCCAUAUUAUCCAAAUAUCGAUGAUGAUGAAUUUAGCCGGUUUUUUCGUCAUGAGAUGCAGAUUUGGGUAUAA